AUGGCUUCUUUUCUUGAGGAGCUCUGGAAUUCCAUCUUCACCCCAGGUCCGACGCCGACGCUUUUGAUAGCGACCAACGCCGCCUUCGCCGCUCUUCAAUUGCUCCUCUUCGUCCUCCUUAUCGCAACAUAUUCUCUACACUUCCUCGUCUUGUCCACCAUAUGUGGCGGGCUCUGGUACUCCAUCAACUGGUUUGCUGUAGAGAUUGCGCGAGAGCAAAAGAUUCAAAAGGAAAGUGAAGCCAAAAAAGAGAAGAGCCCAGAGCCCGACAAUGCCAGCGAUACCGAGACCGAAAACACUCCCGCCCCCUCAGUCCUCAAACCACCAGCCCUGCCUGUGCCACUGACAACAACAGCCAAGUCGACCUCUCUGGCACCGCCUCAAAGAUUGUCGCAUGACAGGUCCAAGGAUUCGUCCUCGGCGUCGGCAGAACCGAGGGCAUCCGAUGGUGCCGAAGCAGUACGACGACGACGUAGUCAAGGUGAAGGAUCCGGUUAUAUCAGCACAGACAGUGAAUGGGAGAAAGUAUCCGAGGGCGAAGACAAGAACAAGUGA